AUGACUACCGACUACUUCUCCGAUCAUGAGGCUUUCAUCACCAGCCAGCCCUUGCCGUCUCCAGCUGGCACACCGUACAUGUCUUCUCGACGAAACUCGAGAUACGGAACACCAGCAAGUGAGGUCGCUAGCUCGCCACCUCCGCUCCCACCGAAUCCCUAUCCCGAAACAGAAGACGAUACCGCCAACAACGAAACUAUUUCGAUACUUGAUCCACGCCGCUUCACGCCGACACUGCACGCAAAUUUGGUGUCUGAAAUUCUAAACCUACGACGGGAACUGGAUUCAAAGCACAAGUUUAUCGAGGAUGUAGAGACAAACCUUCAUGCUGCACGGACGGAAAAUGACUCGCUGGUGAAACAGCUUUCGUCGACCGCCAAAGACAGUCGCGCCGCAAAACGCCAACUCCAGCAUUUCGAGAACGAGAUGCUUGCAGCGCUGGAAGAGAUCGCGGGCGAACGCGAUAAGUUGAAAGAUGUUAAUGCAGAUCUUAAGUCGAAACUGGGAGUGGCCGAAAAGAGAUCACGCAGCCAGGAUGAUGACUCGACUCGUGUUCAUGACAUGUGGGCACGCGAGAAGGAAGUCUGGGCCGGUGAGAAACGAACACUGGAGCGCAAAGUGCACAUAUCAGAAGCACGUCUGAAGCUUCUCCUGGAUGAGCUGGCCGCCCACGAAGCCGCUCGUGAAGAUGCUAAUAUCGAGAGCGAAGGCGAGGAUGCAAAGGACACCGGCGCCGGUGCCGAAAGCGAUACGGCUAGUGUGCGCUCGUCGCCGCAUAGGCGCUCUUCAACUCGGAUUGGGCGGCACUCAAGAAACCUCAGCAACAGCAGUUACAGGAGCAUUGGCCGAAACUACCGAAUGUCCUUGCUGAGCAACGAGGGCCAGGGUCGAGGAAAUGGCCUUAGCCUUGCGGACGAGCUCAUCUUCGACGAGGAAGAAGAAGACCUAGACGAGUUGGAACUCGACUCUGAUGACUUCCCCGAACAUGAGAUGCGCGCAAGAAGAGUCCUCGAGUCGCGACAAUCGAUGUAUCCUGACGAGAAAGCGAAGCGUAUCUUAGGGCUGAGCAGUGAUGUUCAACAAUUGAACAAGGACACCCCUGCAACUACUGAAGAGCAUGAGCCUUCUAAGUCGUCAUGUGGAACGACUCCGUCCGCAGUCACAAUAACGCCCAGAGACAUCACUUUGGUCUUUCCGCCGACGAGACCGAUCUAUGUGGACACAGGCAUUCAACCCUCACCGCCAGCAUCGCCUGUGCUACCUAGUAUGGCCGAAGCUUCGUCACAGACAGUCGAUGAGAUUCCAGUGCAGUCCAAGCCUGUGGACAGCUCGCCGACUCGUACUGAGGUGGACGCAAAUCAGAGUCAGGCGAAUCAGCGCAGGAAGCGCACUUCACUGCUGCUAGACUCUCCUAGCCACUCAAGAAACGCCAGCCCAACACCAUGUGCUAUGACUUCCAGUACUGUGCAAACAGUCGAGCAGCCACCUAGUCCUCCACUAACACCGAAGAUCAACAUCCCGACCGCUGAAUUGCCUGCAACACCCGUGUCACCUGUGUUCAAGCCUGAAUUGGUGUCCUCAUCAACACAGACAGAACUGGUCGAGGAGCCCGAACAGCCCUCGCCAGAGAUCAAACGAACCGGCCCACCAACACCGAUUUCCAUACCGUCAAUUGCCAUCCACGCACCAGACUCGGUUCCUUCUUCCCCGAAAGACGCCAGGCUACCGCCAGGGACCAGGACGACUGCAACCCAGACAACAGGUGACCUCGUUGCACCAAUGCGAUCGUACGGCAUGCAGACAGAACCGAUUCGGGUUGACAAGCGUCCUGUCAAGCUACCUCCUCAUCUUUUGCCUUCAGCUAUAUCUUCGAAGCCUGGUACUCCAGAACCCAAACAGGAGCGGCUGUCAAUCAGCAGCGGUACUAGGAAAGAUUCGCAUCACCCGGCCAGUAGUGAUACUGAGCAGCCUUCUACGAAGCCAACAGCCCGCCAGGGCCUGAUGGCAUUGCUAGAGAAUGCCGCAGAUAGCAAAGUGGAGAAUCGCUAUCCUGGGAACAACGACAAUGGCCCCUUGUCCCGCAACCAGCAAACCGAUAUCCUUAACAGACCUUUCCGGACCAGCAGUCUGUUUGCUGGAUUUGAUGGUCCUUCCUCCGAUGAAGAGGAUGAUGCCGACGCGAGCGACGACGAAUACCGAAGUCAGCCAUACGUGGCACCGAUGCUGUCAUCACGCAACGCUAAGAGCGGCCGGCCAGUGAAUCCACCUACCCCUGUGCCAGAGGACAAGGAACCAGCACCGACGUCCAGGAUUUCUGAGGAGUCCCUUCCAUCCCAUCGUAUUGGCUCUGAGCGUGCAUCUCUCGAGAAAGCAGCAAGAAUUACGAAACGUAACUCUUUGGGCCGCCAACCUAGUAUUCGACGGUCAGCCAUGAUCCAAUCUGGCACAUCAGCACAUAUGAAACCAAGUAUGAGCAGCCUUGGUUCCGACACUCAUAUCAAGCCGCCAUUCCCGGUACCCAUGCGUUCAAGCUCACGCAAUAAGCCUCAGAGCAAGAGUGAAGGGUCCGCAAGUCCAACACCCGGAAAUGGCAGCACCUACGCUAGUCGUCGUAUGCAUGCGACUAAGCAUCAAAGGAAGGACAGUCUGCGGAAGGUACGCUCUGCAGCUCCAGUAUCCAGAACUGGGCGUUCUCGAAGCAGGUCCCCCACUAUGCCCGCAACACCCAGCAUUCCUGAUACCGAUUCGAUUCCUCCCCUGCCAAGUGACAUCAUGAGUGCCAGUGGCUUCGGUCAUCGUCACCAACUGUCUACCAACACUGCAUACACAGCCAAUCAGUCGGUCGCCAGUUCCAACUCACAAGCUAGUGUUGUUGAUGCUAUUGCGGCCUCAAUGAUUGGUGAGUUCAUGUGGAAGUACGUACGCAAGAGGAAAGCAUUCGGCGGACCUGAGACCUCUGUGGAUCGCGCAGCUGAAGAAGCUUCACUGUCCAGUGGUGGUGUACGUCACAGGCGCUGGGUGUGGAUCUCGCCGUACGAGCGAGCCAUCCUUUGGAGCAGUAAGCAGCCGACUUCAGGUUCCGCUUUGAUGGGCAAGAGCGGUCGCAAACUCACCAUUCAGUCUGUUCUCGACGUCGCCGACAAUAGCCCAGCCCCCAGAAACGAAACGCUCUUCAACCGAUCGAUCUUGAUCUUGACACCUGCACGUGCUCUGAAGUUCACAACCAUAUCGCGAGAGCGCCAUUACCUAUGGCUGACCGCGCUUUCCUUCUUGGCUCACUCGAGCGCACCCAUGCCUGACCUGGGAGCCAUGCCUCAACCACCACCAGUGGAAGACCUACCACAGCGUUCCGGAGGUGCCACGCUUCGCCGCUCCCGCGUUCAGGACUCUGUGCGUCUUGCAAAGGGCAAGGUGAACCCAGUUAUGCAGCGGUACGCGGCACAGAACGAGCCCAUGCCGAGUCUGCCAUCGCUUGCUGGGUAUGAAAGGCCGAUAGCGGAGUCUGCCAGCCCGCCUUCCAUUCCACGUGGCCCAGCCCAUGGGCGCAAGAGAAGCUCAACGGGUCCGGGCGCACCACCGCACAGCGUUCCCUUCCGUAGCUUCUCGCAUCAACAAAUACCUUCGGUCUACUCCAACGGAUCGUCCGACAUGUACUCAUCCAUGCAACCACCUUCAGUGCCCUCGUCGGUCUACAACCCCACCAAUGGUGUUGUGAGCAGCCGCACGUCUGAGGCCAGCACAUCAACUCGCAAUCAAUUCUUUGAUGCUAUGAGCACUGUUCGCAUGGAAGCUUUCAUCGACAAUGCUCUAGGUGAUCCGGCUCAACGUCAGGGACUCUAUGCAAAGCCCAGGGGAGCUCGCCAUCGCCGCAGCAGCCAAUGGAGCGAUAGUGCACGCGAGCGACCUAUGCGAGCAGCAGGCCUGUACGACGAUAUCGACAACGAUCCUUUCCGUGGCUUCUAG